AUGGCGACCAGAGACUGCACCGGACGGACAUCCACCGAGGCACCAAGAGUCUCUCAGCAGCAGCUUCUGCUUUUUCUGCUUUCUCAGAACAGCUUCAUUUCUAAGAACGGCAGCAGCUGUUCACAACCCGAGAGACGUGAUCCAGGAGCCAUAGACAGACGUCCAGAUGUGGAGCUGAUGUUUUAUGCCUCAAGUCUGCGGCAGCACACAGACGGUUCGAGACAGAGAGAGAUCAACACAUGGAGGUGUGAGUGCCGAGUACUGUAUAUAAACACCACCUCUCUGUCUGUGUUGCGGGCAGAUGGAGGCAGGAGGAGGGUCGGGGUGUUGGAGGUCUUCGGGGCCGUGCUGACCCUCCUGUCCGCCGCCUUCAUCCUCUUCACCUUCCCCUUCUCAGCCUGGAUGUGUGCGAAGGUGGUUCAGGAGUAUGAGAGGGCCGUUAUCUUCAGACUGGGCCGCGUUGUUAAAGGACGAGCCAAAGGACCCGGUCUGUUCUGGUUCAUCCCCUGGCUGGACGUCAUCCAGACAGUCGACCUGCGGACCGUCUCCUUUAACGUCCAGCCACAAGAGGUUCUGACUGCAGACGGGGUGCCGUUGAAGGUGGAUGCUGUAGUGUUUUACCGGGUGGUGGACCCCGCCCUCUGGGUGACGCGGGUUGAAAACGGCUACCAGGCCACACACACGCUGGCCCAGACGACCCUGAGGGCCACGCUGGGCGCACACACUCUGACAGACAUACUGACCCAGAGGGGGAGCAUCACCAAGAGGACGGAAGAGGUGCUGUACGCUGCGUCCAGGCUGUGGGGGGUUCUGGUGGAGCGGGUGGAGCUGAAAGACCUGACGCUCCCCGUCAGUCUGCAGCGCUGCAUGGCUUCAGAGGCCGAGGCCGCCAGGCAGGCCAGGGCCAAGAUGAUUGUGGCUGAAGGAGAAGUGAAAGCGUCUCAAGCUUUAAUGGUGGCGGCGUCGGGUCUUCCCCCCGUGGCGUUCCACCUCAGAUACCUGCAGUCGCUCUCCUCCGUCUCCAGCAGCGCCUCCGUCGUGGUGUUUGGUCUCCCCACAGAGCUCCUCGACGUCUUCAUGUCCCACCAGCCGUGACGCUCCGCCG